GCCGGCUUCGUUGAAGUGAUAAGAACGAUUCGAGAGAGAAGGAGAGCAUCUGGAAAACUGGAACAACAAACAAAGAUCGAAAAUUCUUGACAUCUGACUGGCAUUCAUUAUUCAAUAUUGUGUGCGGGCAGUAUUAAAAUGUUUGCCUUUCUCUGUGGAGCUUUAAUAUUAUUGGCCUUUGAGCCUGGCUUAUCUGCUGCUGAAGUGAAAUUCAAAUAUGCCAUCAAAGAAUUUUCGGUGCCGCUGGAUCACUUCAGUUUCCUGAACAAUGCCAGCUUUAAUAUACGAUAUCUCUACAAUGAUUCGUAUGCCGACAAGAGCAAUGUGGAGAGUCCAAUAUUCUUCUACACUGGCAAUGAGGGCGACAUCGAAUGGUUUGCCCAGAACAGCGGCUUCGUCUGGGAGCUGGCUGCCAAGUUGCGUGCCGUGGUCGUGUUUGCCGAGCAUCGCUAUUACGGCAAGUCGAUGCCCUUUGGCAGCGAUACAUUCAACAGCAGCAAACCGGAGCAUCUUGCCUACUUUACGGUCGAACAGGCGUUGGAGGAUUAUGCCAUGUUGAUAACCUACUUGCGUGACGGACGUCAGUUGCCUGUUGUCGCAUUUGGUGGAUCCUACGGUGGCAUGUUGUCGGCCUGGUUCCGCAUGAAGUAUCCGCACAUUGUGAUUGGUGCUUUGGCUGCCUCGGCACCAAUUUUACAAUUCCCGGGACUGACGCCUUGCGAGAUCUUCAAUAAAAUUACGACAACCGUUUAUGAGACCGCCUACAAUGCCAAUUGCAGCGCGAACAUUGGCAAAUCUUGGAAGGCAUUUGAAACCUUGGCUGCCAAUGAUGCGGGCAAGAAACAGCUAGGCGACCUCUUUCACUUGUGUGAUCCCAUUAAGAGCGCCGAUGAUUUGAAUGAGUUCUUGGAUUUCCUCGAGGAUGUCUAUGGCAAUCUGGCCAUGGCCAACUAUCCCUACAAUUCCACGUUUUUGGCACCGCUGCCUCCAAAUCCGGUGCGUCAGUUGUGCUUCUACUUGAAGGAUCUGCACCAGAAGGAUGACGAUUUGAUCAAGAGCAUGGCAAGUGCCUUGGCCGUCUAUACCAACUACACGGGCACUGAGAAGUGUGUCGACUACAAGUACUCAAAAUCUGAUGGCACGCUGGACAACAAGGGGUGGGACAUACAGACGUGCAAUCAAAUGGUCAUGCCCUUCUGCUCCAACAGCAGCGACACCAUGUAUCGUACCAAGGACUGGAACUUGAAAGACUUCUCCGAGAAGUGCUAUAAGAAAUACCAGCUCACACCUAAACCAUAUGAUAUUGAGCUGCGCUAUGGUGGCAAUAAUCUAGAGGCGGUCAGCAACAUCAUCUUCAGCAAUGGUCUUCUCGAUCCCUGGAGCGGUGGGGGUGUUCUCCAGGCACCCAACAAUCAAGUGCAUGUCAUCAUCCUGCCGGAGGGUGCCCAUCAUUUGGACUUGCGUCAAAGUAACCCAUUGGAUCCGCCAUCUGUGGUCGAUGCUCGUCAGAGGGAAGCUGCCAUCAUUGCGGGAUGGAUUAACGAAGCUUAGUGCUUUGAAAAUACUUUCUCUUAUACUUACUCUUAACAAUUUCAAUUAUUGCUAUUCGCAAAAAGUUAUGAUAAUAUAUUUUCUUAUACAAUAAACAAACCCUGUUUUUGAAUAUAUAUCGUUUAUAAAAUAAAACAUGGUAAAUGUAUUUUUUAAUAUUUCUUUAAUAUAUGCAUAAAGGUACAGUUGUUCACAAGAAAGGAAAUCUUAUAAAGUACAGAAGCAGCAAAACACACAAAAGUUUAACAUUUAAUUCAACUUAAUUAAAAUAUAGUAUAUCGUAUAAACUUAAUAAAUAAAUAUUUAUGUAUUUUCUCAAUAAUUGCUCGUAGGCAUUAAAUAAUAAAAAAUAUAGUUUAUAAGGCAAAUAGAAUAAGGAUUAUCAAAAAAUAUUAACAACGAAAGUUUAGUUUUAUGUUCUGAUUUCUUUUCAUUUUUCUUAUUUUUUUUUUUAUAACUGGAUGGAUAACUUUUUCCAUUUCUAUAUGCAAUUUUUUCAACAUUUUUCUUCGUUUGCAAUUUUUUGCAAAUUUUUUUCAAUUUUUUUCACGCAACUCGAAAAAUUUCUUUAGGAAAAUCGAUUUUUGUUUUUAGUUUUGGUUUAGCACCGGCAUAGGACACUUGCUUCGAUUAUUUUUUGUUCAAUUCCCCCCAUUUCACUCGUUUACUCCAGCAAUGGUUAUUUUAGCUGAUUGACUAAAGUUUUUAAUUGUUUGUCUAUGGUACGAAUUUUGGAAAUGAGUUCAGGAAUGCUUAAAGGUUUGAAAAUCAAAUGCUUCACAAGAUGUUAGAUGAGAGUCACCUAUGUGGCUGGUGUUGUUAAUGAGAAACUUCUGCGUGGUAUAAACCGUGGGAGAGAAACUUGGCUUAUUGCAGAGCAACUCACACUCUCUGUGACAGCAUUGUGACUAUCUAGCGCUAGGUGAA